AUGCACUCUAUUUUCACAGGAUAUUUCUUAUAUAUUCAAUAAAUAACUGAAAUGCAAGGGCUGUCAUCAGAUGUGGUUGCAUACUCCAUUUAUUUGGAGAACAAGACUGAAGUUGCCAUGUUUAUACUGAUGGGCUUCACAGACGAUUUUGAGCUGCAAGUCUUCCUGUUUUUAUUGUUUUUGGCAAUCUAUCUGUUCACUCUGAUAGGAAAUUUGGGUCUGGUCUUACUGGUCAUUGUGGAUUCCCGGCUCCACAACCCCAUGUACUACUUUCUCAGUGCUUUAUCAUUCUUGGAUGCCUGCUAUUCUACUGUUGUCACCCCAAAAAUGCUGGUUAAUUUCCUGGCAGAGAACAAAGCCAUUUCAUUUGUCGGCUGUGCAGCACAGAUGCUUCUCUUUGUGGCUUUAGGGACCACGGAAUGCUUUCUGUUGGCGGCAAUGGCUUAUGACCGCUAUGUAGCCAUCUACAACCCUCUCCUGUAUGCAGUGAGCAUGUCGCCCAGAGUCUACGUGCCACUCAUCACCACCUCCUAUGUCUGUGGCAUUCUGCACGCUACUGUACACACUGUGGCUACGUUCAGCCUCUCCUUCUGUGGAUCUAAUGAAAUCAGACACAUCUUUUGUGACAUCCCUCCUCUUCUUGCUAUUUCCUGUUCUGACACUCACACAAACCAGCUCCUUCUCUUCUACUUUGUGGGCUCCAUUGAGACAGUCACCGUCCUGAUUGUCCUGAUCUCUUACGGUUUCAUUGUGUCGGCAAUUCUGAAAAUUCGUUCCGUUGAAGGGCGACGAAAAGUGUUCUCUACGUGUGGCUCUCACCUAACCGGAGUGACGAUUUACCACGGGACCAUACUCUUCAGUUACAUGAGGCCGAGCUCCAGCUACGCUUCACACCACGACAUGAUAGUGUCGAUAUUUUACACCAUCGUGAUUCCCAUGCUGAAUCCCAUCAUCUACAGCUUGCGGAACAAAGAUGUCAAAGAGGCCACGAAACGGCUGCUGAAAGAAAUUGGUUUAUAA